UGGCGCCCUUUCCCAGUGCGGAAAGUCGGUGUCGUCGAAAAUACCGUGUUGGCCACUCUCACGUUCUUCUCUGGUGGUAGUGGGGAACCGACUGUACUGCCCUUGGCCUACGUACCGAAAGAAUAAGCGAACUAAUCACUUCCGUCACCACUAAAAUGCGAGGAGUUUGUACCCCUUGAAAAAAACAGAUCCCAUGAUAAACGGAUAGAAAUUAACCGAAAUCAUUUUAUCUUGUCAAGACCAACGUUAAUAUAGGACAGUACGAUGAGCAAUAACAGAACAAAAAAGGAAACGUAUGAAAAUGAUGCAAUCUUGAAUAAUGUGGCUAAAUUGUUAUCCAAAAAAAAGGAAGAUCAGAUUUUGUUACUGAGGUCUCUCUUUAAAUAUGGAUAUCCAAAUUUUCCACUUGAAUCUUUUUCUGUGCCUCGAGAAGAAAUUCAAAAAGUAUUAAAAAUAAGACUCGAUGAACUACGUAUUAUUUUUCAAGAUACACCUUCAUUAGUUCAUUGGGUACAUGGUGGGUUAUUCAAGAGUAACGAAUCUAUACCAAUGGCAUUACUAUUCAUUGAAUGGUAUGAACAACAUCCUUUUCAUCAGGAUAAUGCAGAAUGUGAUUUUAGGGAAAUAUACCACUUUCUUUAUAAAUUAACAAUGAACCAAGUUCCUGCAGCCAUUUCAGAGCAAUCUGCGCAAGUUUUACACACUAUAAUUACAGAAGUAUUAAAUGAAGCAUGGCUGGAUAAACAACAGGAACUUUUCACAUACUGUAGCGAAAUAUUUAAAUAUAGAAGAACACUUCAUAGACGAGUAUAUCAAGGGAAAAAGAGGAUUUCUAAGAAAGAACAAAAUAUGUUAAACCAUUGAUAGAUAGGAGUCAUUUUAAUAUUGAAUUAUAUAUAAUCUCUUCUUUUUUACAUUUCUUUAAUAUUUUUUAAUUUUGAAUACUUAAAUAUCAUCAUCUGACAUAGUUCCAAG